AAAGCAGAAAGAUUCUUUGAUAUCAACGCUUGUCACGCAGCCACACAACGGGAGAGAGAGAGAGAGUCCAGACGCUCAUUUAUGGCUGCCGCAUCAGCUCGAGCGUUCAUGCUCUCCCGUAUCACUGAUCUGUCACGCAAGAAGCCUAUCCUGCAUCCUCCGCGUCCUACUUCUCCGCCUUCACCGUCGCUUUCUCCUUGCCGGUUACCGAACCGCGCCAUUUCAUCCGGCGUCAUCAGCUGUCUCAGCGGCGGCGGAGUCUCAUCCGACGAUUCCUACGUCUCCACGCGCCGGUCGAGGUUGGACCGAGGUUUUGCUGUUAUCGCCAACAUGGUGACCCGGAUCGAGCCGCUUGAUACGUCCGUCAUCUCCAAAGGCAUUUCGGAUUCGGCUAAGGAUUCGAUGAAAGAGACGAUAUCUUCUAUGCUUGGGCUCCUUCCCUCAGAUCAGUUCUCCGUCUCUGUCACCGUCUCCGAGCAGCCUCUGCAUCGCCUUCUCAUUUCUUCGAUCAUCACCGGUUAUACAUUGUGGAAUGCGGAAUACCGUGUAUCCUUGACGAGGAAUUUGGAUAUACCGGUUGAUGCAAGACAGAAGGAAGAAGAACUUCCGAAGGAACAUGCCAGAUGUGGUUCGGAGGAGGCAGUGAAUGAGAAACUAAGGAAUUGUUUUGAGGAAUUGGAAAGGAUGAGUCCACAGGUGCUUGGGGAUCUAUCACCUGACUCGUUGAAAUAUAUCCAACGAUUACAGUCUGAUUUAUGUAGCAUGAAGGAGGAAUUAGAUGCCCAAAAGAAGAAAACUCUGCAUAUAGAAAGUGGGAAGGGAAAUAAAAAUGAUUUGUUGGAGUAUCUACGCUCCUUAGAUCCUGAGAUGGUGACUGAGUUAUCUCGACCAUCAUCACCAGAGGUGGAGGAGAUCAUAAACCAACUUGUCCAAAAUGUGUUGCUGAAGAUCGUUGAAGACAAGACCAACUCAGAUUUUGUUCGAGAUGCUUUCUUAAGGACUACAGAGGGUAACCAAGAUGGUGGCAGUGGAACUUGUAGAAUAGUGGACACAUCUCGGGAUUAUCUUGCAAAGCUCCUCUUUUGGUGUAUGCUAAUGGGACAUCAUAUAAGAGGGUUGGAGAAUAGAUUGCAUCUCAGUUGUGCUGUUGGGUUGCUGUAAAUCACACCUUCUGCAAAGGAGAGGAACUCACACACACACGCACAAUGUCAAUGUAUAUUCCCCUUUGCCUGACCCUUCUCUCCCAUUUUUAAUUUUGUUUUGUCAAUUCAUAAUCUUCCUCCAGUUUUUACUUUUUUUUUUAAAUUUAUAGUUCUUCCAAUUAGAGUUGAGUUUGUAUAUACAGAUAUAUCAAGUCUGAUAGGAAGAUGACUAAGAGGAAUGAAGGUAAGUGUCGGGCAUUUCCUAUUAUAAUAGAUCAAUAAAGCCAAUAUCCUUGUUUGUGCA